AUGUAAUAAUAAGUACUAACAAAAGAUAGGGAAAAAAUUGAACUUUUCUUCUCCGCUAGAGGCCUAGCCAAUAAGGAUGUUCUCUCAGAUAGUGACCCUUAAUUAUAUGUCUAUUUAACAGAAGGAAAACAAGGAGCUGAAAAAUUAAUAGCAAAAACAGAAGUUAAAAAAAACAACCUGAAUCCUGAUUGGAAAGUAUCUGUUGUUUUGGACUUUAUCUUUGAAGUAAACCAAUACCUUCGAUUCUUAGUUGUGGAUAGUGACGGAGACGAUAUUAAGGAUGACGACAUAAUUGGUACUUUAAAUACUACUGUGGGGGAAAUAAUGGGAUCGAGGAACUAAGUUUAUAUGGGCUAGCUUUCAUAUAAAAAUAAAUAAACAGGAAAGCUUCUGGUAAAAGCAGAUAAAAGAUAAGAAAUAAAAGGAUCAAAUUAAGUUAUUUAUUGGCAAUGGUAUGGGAAGAAAAUAAAAAAUAUGGAUGGAUGGUUUGGAGUAUCAGACCCUUUUCUAAGAUUCUUUAAAUGGCAUAAAAAUUCAGAUUGGUUGAUGGUUCAUGAAACUGAAUUUAUAAAAGAUAAUGAAAGUCCAAUUUGGAAAGGCUUUGAAAUAACUCAUGAUAAAUUACAUGAUGAGAAUCCAUAAUAGCCAAUUAAAAUUGAACUUUGGGAUAAUGAAAAGGAUGGAAAACAUUAAUUGAUUGGAUCUGUCGAAGUUACUAUAGAGUAAAUAUUUUUCAAAGAGAUUCAUGAGUUUCAAGUUAAAACACCCAAAGGAGAAUUUGGAGGAACUAUUGGAAUAAAAUCCUUUUAAAAGCCAUCAUUUAUUGAUUAUUUGAAAGGUGGAGAAUAGAUUAAUCUUUAAAUUGCCAUUGAUUUUACAGGAUCAAAUGGUAACCCUAAUCAUCAAAGCUCAUUACAUUAUAAUGUUCCAAAUCAAUUAAAUCAAUAUUAAAAUGCAUUGAGCCAAGUGGCAGAAAUAUUGCUGAAUUAUGACUUUGAUAAAAAGGUUCCUGUAUAUGGUUUUGGUGGUAUACCCUCCUUACCUAACUAUCAUAAGGGUUCAACAGAUGAUUGUUUCCCACUUAAUGGUAAUAAAAAAGAUCCAGAAGUUUUAGGACUUGUAGGAAUUAUGGAUGCUUAUAAGCAUGCACUUAACCAUGUUUCAUUAAGCGGUCCAACAGUAUUUGCUCCUGUUAUAGAGAAUGCAAUAGAAAUUGCGGAAAAGAAUAAAAAAAAAGACAUUUACAACGUUCUCUUAAUUAUGACAGAUGGUUAAAUUGAUGAUAUGGAUGAAUGUGUUAAAUUGGUUAAAAAAGCAGCAAAACUUCCAUUAUCAAUUAUCAUAGUCGGAGUUGGUAGUGCUAAUUUUUAGAAAAUGGAGGAUUUGGAUGGAGAUGGUCCAUAAUAUUAAGAUUGUUUAAGAGAUGUUGUUUAAUUUGUGCCAUUUUUGAAAUUCUCUGGAAAGCCAGGAGAUUUGGCUAAAGAAUUGCUCUCAGAAUUACCUGAUUAAUUAAUUUAGUAUAAAUAAUUGAUUGGAAAGGGUCCAAACCCUGCAUAAUAAAUAGAUUUAAGCAAAUUAGCAUGA